UUGAGGAUGAGGUUCCCGACCGUCAGACGGUGUCCUGGGGAAGGAGAUGGGAAGAAGGAACUGGCGCCUCCAUUUAGGAACCCCUUUGUGCAUGACUUGAGAUUCACCCCGCUGGAAAAGGCAAAGAUAGCGUUGAUGACGGUGACUCUGUUCCCCAUCCGGUUGUUCUUGGCAGCCUUCAUGAUGCUGCUGGCCUGGCCCUUCGCCUUCAUCGCCUCUGUGGGACGCAACGAGAUGGUGGUGGAACCCCAGUCCCUAUGGAGGAAGUUUGUGGACGUUGCUCUGAGGACCAUCAUGCGAGCCAUGUGGUUUGCAGGAGGCUUCCAUUGGACGACGGUGAAGGGGCGCCAGGCGUUACCGGCCGAGGCCCCUGUCCUGACGCUGGCACCCCACUCCUCCUACUUCGACGCCAUCCCCGUCACCAUGUCCAUGUCCUCUGUCGUCAUGAAGGCAGAGAGCAAGGACAUCCCUGUCUGGGGCACCCUGAUCAAGUACAUCAGACCAGUGUUUGUCUCCAGGUCAGAUCAGGACUCCCGUAAGAAGACUGUUGAGGAGAUCAAACGCAGAGCCCAGUCUGGAGGAGAAUGGCCUCAGAUAAUGAUUUUCCCAGAGGGAACGUGUACCAACAGGUCCUGUCUCAUCACGUACAAACCAGGGGCCUUCAUUCCAGCGGUGCCAGUUCAGCCUGUGGUGAUAAAAUACCCCAAUAAAAUGGACACAAUCACCUGGACGUGGCAGGGGCCAGGAGCGUUUAAGAUCCUGUGGCUCACACUGUGCCAGCUGCACAAUGAGUUCAUCAUUGAGUUCCUUCCUGUCUACACUCCAUCAGAAGAGGAGAAGAACAACCCGGCACUGUUUGCUCACAACGUCAGGCGCCUGAUGGCCAAGGCCCUGGACAUCCCCAUUACUGACUACUCAUUUGAAGACUGUCAACUGGCCAUGGCUGAGGGUCAACUCAGACUCCCUGUUGACACCUGCCUGCUGGAGUUCGCCAAGCUGGUCCGGAGACUGGGGUUGAAGCCCCAGAACGUGGAGAAGGUACUGCAGGAGUUUGGGAACAGAGCCAGGAAGAUUGAGGGAGAAAAGCUGGGUCUGGAAGACUUUGCCCACUACCUUGAUGUCCCUGUGUCAGACAUGCUCAGAGACAUCUUCUCCCUCUUCAACGAGCAGGAAGACAACAUGAUAGACAUCAGAGAAUAUGUCAUCGCCUUAUCGGUUGUAUGCAGACCUGCUGAAACUCUGGAGACCAUGAAACUGGCCUUCAGGAUGUUUGAGGCGGAGGAGGACGGUGCGAUCACAGUGGCCGAGUUGGCCUGCAUCCUAAAGACGGCGUUAGGAGUGGCUGACCUCGACGUCUCACGUCUCUUCGCUGCUAUCGACACAGAGGACACAGGGAAACUCACCUUCGGCAAGUUCAGGAGCUUUGCAGAGCAUCACCCAAACUUCAGUGAGGACUACCUGUCCACAGACAAUACAGGCCGUAACGGUUGUCCUCGCCAGCCCAAUGCCACGCCCAAUGCCACGCCUCAGACCAACGGCUUCUGCCCUGACUUCAGCCCGCGGGACAACCACCACGACACGACGACGGACGGUUCAGUGAAGAAGCACAACUGAGUCUGUUAGUCUCCUCAUCACCUCUCCUGGUGAGAGAGUGGGUGGUGGUGGUGGUCGUUGUUGAUGGGCUAUAUGUAUGGUCAGUUAGAUACACAGACACACACACACACACACACAGACACACACACACACACACACAUACACACACACACACACACACACACACACAUACACACAGAGACACACAGACACACACACACACAGACACACAUACACACACACACACACAUUCACACACACACACACACACAUACACACAUACACACACACACACACACACACACACAGACAGACACACAUACACACACACACACACACACACACACACAUAUAGACACACACACACACACAGAUACACACAGACACACACACAGACACGCACACACACACAGACACACACACACACACAGACACACACACACACACACACACACACACACACACACACACAUACAGACACAGACACACACACACACACGCGAGAAAUGUAACCCUUAUUAACCGUAUCCAUAAUGUUUCUACGGUUCAUUUGAUCUUGGCGAUGUGACGGUGUUGUUUUAGUAGAGUUGUUCUGCAUUUGUUCUGAGGAAGGAACCGGCUUUCCGAUGCCAAAAAGAUGGCUAAUGACGAUUUGAGGAGAAGUGAAGCACGAAACACUUGGCGGGAAGCACAUAUGACGUCUCCUCCAUGUUGGGGUCGAGAGAGAACACCUCGGCCAGAGACGGGAACUGUAGUUUUGACUGAAUUCGGUGUCUAUUUCUUUGUUUAAUCUUCUUCUUUCUGAUGGAAAGAUGGCAGGUUUGACUCCGCAUGGGAGCUUUACUGUCAGCGAGCAGUAUUGAGGGACUGGGACUGACUGGAUGGAACAGCCUUGAAGCACCAGUGACAUUGUCUGAGCCCACUUUGGCUUUGAUUGAACUUUUGAGGUGCAAUAUGGCUGACGUACAGAUGUAGGAUCUUAAUUUGAGCCAGUUUGCCACAGCAGGAAAUUAAUCCUGCAGCAACAGGAAAUGUUUAAUUAUUAUGUGGAUUAUAAUUAAUGGUAAUUGUUGGGCAGGUUAAUACAUCAAUAUAUAAAAUAAGGGAAAAUAAAGUGUGACAUUUCUAAUUGGAAAUUACAAACUUCAAAAUACAUUUUAAACCUAAAAUACACAUUUUAAAUGCAGGAAAGUUCUCCUGAAACAGGAUGAUCAAAUUAAGAUCCUACACCUGUAAAAUGGGUCAGAUUUAAGGUGUGAUAUGUACUGAUAUCAGAGGGGUCAGAUUUAAGGUGUGAUAUGUACUGAUAUCAGAAAGAUGGCGGAGAUACAGAUGCUGGUUGGAACACAAAAUGAGCCGGUGAUGUUUUUUUUUAAAUCUCAGGGUUCAGUAACGAGACUUAUUAAACUAUAAAGAUGU